GAGACUUCAAAUGAAGAAGGAAACAAUGGAGGGAAUGAAGAUUCUGACGAAAAUGAAGAUGAAGAAUCAGAGAAUGCCACCCUUUCCACUACCACACUUGGCUAUGGAGAGAUUACACCUGGAACUGGAGACAUAGGUCUAGCUGCCAUCCGGCUUCCCAAGAAGGCUGGGGCUACAGGAAAGAAGGCUACAAAAGAGGAUGAGAGUGAUGAAGAAGAAGAGGAAGAAGAAGAGGAAGAAAAUGAGGCAGAAGUGGAUGACAAUGAGCAAGGCAUAAAUGGCACCAGCAGCAACAGUACCGAGGUAGACAAUGGCCAUGGCAGCAGUGGUGGGGAUAAUGGAGAGGAAGAAGGCGAAGAGGAGAGUGUCACUGAAGCAUAUACAGAAGGAACCGCAGUGGCUGGAGAGACCACUAUUUCUCCAAAUGGUGGGUUUAAGUCUACAACCCCACCCCAGGAGGUCUACGGGACCACCCCACCACUGUUUGGGAAAGCCACCACCCCUGGGGAGUAUGAACAAACAGGCACCAAUGAGUAUGACAAUGGGUACGAAAUCUAUGAAAGUGAGAAUGGAGAUCCUCGUGGGGACAGUUAUCGAGCCUAUGAGGAUGAGUAUAGCUACUACAAAGGGCGUGGCUAUGACAGCUAUGAUGGUCAAGAUUACUACAGCCACCAGUGAAGGCCCAGACUGGGAUGAGUUCACCCAUUCUGGGAUUUUGUGUGGCUACCCUUUUCAAAGUUCAACUCAGGAAGGUGCAAUAUAACAAAUGUGCAUUUUAUAAUAUGGAAUGGUGCUACUGUUCCAAAGUGGUUUUCUGUAAUUGCUUCUGCAAGUAAUGGGCUUCUUAUUGCUUUUCCCUAGUAUAUUAUUGAAAGGUCAUAAAUCAGGGCUAUUCAUCAAGUAGUAAACCAAUGCAUGAGAUAGUGUGUGACUGAGUAUUUUGAGGUUGUAGUCCUAUAAAUAGUAAUUUUAAUGUGUUUCCACUAACUGCUAAAACAUAUUCUGUGCAAGAGCUGCUUCUUAGAAGAGAUUAGAUUCACUAACAUUAGUGACACUGUAUACAAUAAAUGUGCAGUUCUUUAAUCACACUACCUGUCACUGUAUAUUAGGUUUAAUUAUCACUGUCAUGUAUUUUAUGUGACCUGUAUGUAUAUUGUAUCUAUGGAUUUUAUCACAAAUAAAAAUGCAAC